AUGUGCAACGAGCAGACCCACGCGUUCCUGAGGGCGCUCCCCAAGUGCGAGCAGCACAUGCACUUGGAGGGCGCGCUGACGCCCGCGGUGCUGUUCGCCCUCGCCAAGAGCAACAACAUCGCCCUCCCGAGCGACGACCCCGCAUUUGCCUCUCCGCAAGCCCUCCUUGCCCGCUACGAACGUUUCACCUCCCUUGAUGACUUUCUGCACUACUACUACAUUGGCAUGUCUGUCCUCAUCCAUGCCUCGGACUUCGAGGCGUUGGCCUGGGACUAUUUCCAGCACGCGGCCGCUGGCGGCGUGGCGCAUGCCGAAGUCUUUUUCGACCCGCAAGCGCACACUUCCCGCGGAAUCUCGUACGAUACCGUGUUGCAGGGCUUCAGCGCCGCCCGCCAUCGCGCCACGCGCGAGCUCGGCAUCUCAACCGAGCUGAUCUGCUGCUUCCUGCGCCACCUCCCGCCGCAGGAUUGUCUCGACACGUUCGAGCACGAGCAGGUGCAGGCCAGUUACGUGGGCGGCCAGAUCGCGGGCAUCGGCCUCGACUCCUCCGAAGCCCCCUUUCCGCCGCAGCUGUUCGAGGAGCUGUAUCACCGCGCCGGCAAGCUGGGCCUGAAGCGCACCGCCCACGCCGGCGAGGAGGGGCCCCCCAGCUUCAUCCGGGACUCGCUCGACCUGCUGGGCGUGCAGCGCAUCGAUCACGGCCGCCGCCUGACCGAGGACCCCGCGCUGAUGCGGCGCGUCGCAGAAGAAAAGAUUCUGCUGACCACAUGCCCGCUCAGCAACGUUGUCCUCCGUGGCAUCAAGGAGGUCGCAGAGAUGCCGAUCCGCCAGUUUAUCGAUGCUGGCGUUCGUUUCAGCAUCAACAGCGAUGACCCCGCUUACUUCGGCGGCUACAUCCUUGACAAUUACGUGGCGGUCCAAAAGGCUUUUAAUCUGUCUGUUAAAGACUGGGACUGGAUCUGUAGGGGUGCCAUUGAGGGCAGCUGGUGUAAGCAGGAGCGCAAGGAUGAGCUCCUGAAGGCGCUGGACGCUGUGAUCAGCGAGUACGAGGCCAAGCUGAGCGCUUAA